AUGGAUAAACAAAUAUUCAUCAAUCGAUCACUGCGGAUGGAUAAGAUAAAGUGUGUCGGAUUUGAUAUGGACGCCACCCUUGCAAUAUACAAUUCUCCGAUAUCCGAGGAACUGGCGUUCAAUCUUUCCACCAAGCGCUUGGUUGACAUUGGUUAUCCAAAGGGACUUCAGGUAUACAAAGUACAUGAUUCACUUAUAUGGUCUCUUAGAACUCUGAUCUACAGAAUCAAAUAUAAGAAAGAUUUUGUGGUGCGUAAUGCGUGGUUCGACAAAAGAUUUGGGAAUCUCCUGAAGACGGACGAGCACUGCAACAUUUUGAAUGCCUUUCAUGGCUUCAAGAAAUUAGACAAAUUUCAGGUUACGAAUAGGGAAGGAUUGCACAGGAAAGAUACUCAACAAAUUCUACUCUACAGUACAAUAUUCUACGACUGUAGACAUACAAUUGACUGGAUCCAUGUAACGGGCGAUUACAAGAAAACCGUCACUAAAAAUCUCUCGGAUUAUAUUGCACAUGAUUCCCGUACGGUACAAAUGAUGCAAGCCUUAUCUAAAAGUGGCAAGAAGCUUUUUCUCUUAACAAACUCACCUUGGUCGUACACCAAUACCUUGAUGUCACAUGUCAUGGGCAAAGAAUGGCAGCAGUUAUUCGAUGUUGUAAUAGUGGAAGGCAAUAAGCCCAAAUGGUUCCUGCAGGACAUUCCAUUCAAGGAGGUUGAUUCCACUACUGGAAGUGAGAGGAUAGGGAGCCAUAGCGGUCCCUUCAGAAAAGGGGAGCUCUAUAGUAGGGGAUGUGCAUCCGACUUCAAACAGCGGAUGGGAUUAGCAGGAAAAGACAUCCUCUAUGUUGGAGACCACAUCUUUGGAGAUGUUUUGAAGUAA